AUGGCCACUAAGGAGGGGGCCGCCGGACAGGCCUUUGGCCCGGUUCUCGCGGCAGUCGCUACCAUGCAAGGAAAUGUCUCGCGAUCGGACAAGACGCACGCCCAUGAGUUCCUCGAGAAGUUCCAGAAAUCCGUCGAGGCGUGGACCAUCACCCAUGAAAUGCUGCGGUCGCCGGAUGUUCCUGUCGAAGCCAAGUUGUUCGCAGCGACCACGCUGAAAGGAAAGAUCAUCUUCGACCUCGACCAGCUGCCCGCACCGUCAAUACUGGCUCUCAGGGACUCGGUCCUGGGCCUGCUGGUGGCCUUCGCGUCCGGCCCCCGCCCGAUCCAGACCCAGCUUUGCGUCUGCCUUGCGAGUCUCGCCAUCCAGAUGCUCGACUGGAAGGACGUCCUGCCUACAGUCGGCGCGGCACUAGGUGGCAGCGCCGGGGAUUGCGUGUUGGAGUUUCUCAAGAUUCUUCCCGAGGAAGUGACGGAAGGUCGCAAAAUCAAUCUCAGUGAAGACGACCUCGUGGUCAGAACGAAAGAGCUCCUGGAAGACAAUGCCGAACAGGUCAUGCAUCUGUUGAUCCAGUAUGCCCAGUCAUCCCCCACGGCUUCCACCAACCCCCGCCUGCUGGAGUGCAUCACGUCGUGGAUGCGCGAGAUCCCCGCGGCGAAGAUUGUUGAUUCUCCCUUGAUGGAUGUGAUCCUCAAGGCGCUAGACGAUGAGAGGUCCUUCGAGUAUGGAGUCGACAGCAUGUGCACCUUGUACAGAGAUACCCGCGAAGUUGAUGAUUCGCUGCCCAUCAUCCAGGCCUUGUACCCGCGCAUAAUGUCGCUACGCCCGAAGAUUGCCGAGUAUGCUGAGUCUGAAGACACGGACUCGUACCGGGGCGUCACCAGGCUCUUUGCGGAGGCCGGCGAGGCUUGGGUGGUGUUGAUAGCGCGCCUGCCGUCCGAGUUCCGGGGUCUUGUGGAGGCAGUCCUGGAGUGUUGCGCCCGGGACUGGGAGCGCGACGCUAUCUCACUCACAUUCGUCUUCUGGUACGAGCUGAAACAGUACGUUACGUUGGAGAGGUACAACGAUGCUCGGGUGGGGUACAGCGACAUCUUCUCCAGUCUGGUUGAUAUCAUGGUCAGACACCUGCAGUACCCGAAGCCGGAGGACGGUGAAACAGACCUGUUCGGUGGGGAUCGCGAACAAGAGGAGAAAUUCCGCCACUUCCGACACGCAAUGGGAGAUGUCUUGAAGGAUUGCUGCGCUGUUAUCGGGGUCAACGAGUGUCUGACCAAGUCGUACCAGCUAAUCCAACAAUGGGUUUCCCAGUAUGCGUCGCAGUCCAGCGAUGAGCACGUUCCGAACUGGCAAGAACUUGAGGCACCGCUGUUCAGCUUGAGGGCAAUGGGCCGCAUGGUCGACCCGGAGGAGAAUGUCGUCCUCAACCAGGUCAUUCCUCUCAUCGUGCAGAUCCCGAACCAGGAGAAGGUGCGCUUCCAGGCUAUCAUGGCACUCGCGCGUUAUACGGAGUGGACGGCGCAGCACCCCGAGACGUUGGAGGCACAGCUGAACUAUGUCAUCUCAGGCUUCCAGCAUAGCUCGCCAGAAGUGAUUCAGGCCUCCGCGUUGGCUUUCAAGUUCCUGGGCACUGACUGCCAGAAAUUGCUCGGUGGCCACAUUGCACAGCUCCACUCCUUCUAUGAAUCUGUCCUGGACAAGCUGAAGCCGGCUAGCCAGGAGGAGAUCACGGAGGGUGUCGCCGCUGUAGUUGCCGUGCAGCCUCUCGAGAAGAUUUACGAGACGAUGAAGUUGUUCUGCGACCCCAUCAUGGCGCGAAUCAUGAACCUGGCCAACAACGCCAAGGAUGAGGAGGGUCAGCGGGCUGUCGCCGAUCACCUUCAGUUGAUUACGAUCUUCGUCCUGGUCGUCAACCCCUACGUUUCCCCGAGAGAGGAAAACCCCGCUGUGAAAUACUGCGGCGAGAUCCUGCCCAUCAUGACAACAAUUGUCAUGAACUUUACCACGUCCUCGCCGAUUCUCGAACGGGUCUGCCGCUGCUGGCGAAACAUGAUCAUCUCCUACCGCACGGCCAUGACUCCUCUUCUACCCACGCUAGCGCAAAGCCUUGCAGGCGGAUUCGAGGCGUCACGCGAAGGAUGCUUCCUGUGGGCCACCGACGCUGUCGUGCGCGAAUUCUCGGACGGUGUCGACUUUGUCGAUCCCGCUACCAGCCAUGCUGUCUUCCAGUUUUACGAGCAACAGGCGGUCUCCUUCCUGCGCUUCCUGAACGAUCUGCCGCCGGAGAAUCUGCCCGAUGUGAUCGAGGACUUCUACCGUCUAUCUUCCGAUGCUGUUCGGUACUACCCCAAGGAGUGCAUCACAUCCGCUCUGGCGGUGCCGAUCUUUUCCGCAGCACUCAGCGCCCUCACCCUCCAACAGAUUGACCCUCUUAUUGCCACGCUGCACUACUACCAUGAUCUUUUCAGUUUCGCUUUCGACAAGCCGACUGUGUCCGAGUUCACCACGGCCGAUGGAAACUCCUACACGAACCCCCCGGAGAUCCGCGAGGCGGUCAAGCAGCUCAUCGCUUCGCAGGGCCAGCUUCUCACCCAGCACAUCCUGACGGGCAUGAUGUUCUCGUUCCCGGGAGAAUGUUUCCCCGACGCGUCGAGCGUGCUGAUGUCUCUCUUCGAGCUCAUGCCGGAUGAUGCGGGAGCCUGGCUGCAGGCGACGCUCCAGAUGCUCCCCGCGGGCACGAUGAAGCAUGGCGAGGCGGAACGGCUGCUAAAGGGCAUUUUCGAGAAAAUCCACAUGGGCGAGACGCGGAAGAUCCGGGUCCUUCUUCAAGACUUCACCAACUCAUACCGGCGACGAAACGUGGCACCCAGAGAAGGCCUGGGGCGAUUGGAGGCGACCCGGUUCCGGUUUAGCGGAUAG